UUACAACAAUCACAGAUCUCUAAUCAAAAUGAAAGCUGGUAACUUUAUGUUUUUGGGGCUCUUGACUUUCGCCUUCUCUAGCGCUGUGAUCGCCAAUGUCGAUUGUGAUCCUGAUGGUAAUGGGAAACCUGUUUGUGUUGCAGAAAAUGUUGGUCGACCCUAUCGUAACUUCUGGGAUCCUACCGCCUACUGGUUGUGUAGAAAAGCGGGUGCCGAAGCUGAAUUAGUACGUUGCCCAAGUGGUAAACUAUUUGAUGCAGCUAGAGGUAAAUGUAUACCAGCAAAUCAAUGGAUAUGGACAUAUCCCUGUCCCGAUAAGCAAUACAUAGUAUUUGUUUAAAUGAUUUUUGAACUUAUUUAUUAACACAUACUGAAAGUUGUAAAAUAUCUAUUGAAGUAAAAUUGUUUUCAAAUAAAUUUUCAAAACAA